GGUCACCUUGCCCUCACCUUGGCCUGUAAUCUGCAUAGGACAGUGGCCUGGUCACAGGGGCCCAUUGCGGGGAGAUUGGGAAGUUAACACACUGGCCUCCUCCAUCAUGUCGGCCAAGAAGGCAGAACUGAAGAAAGCAAGCCUGAGCAAGAACUACAAGGCAGUGUGCCUGGAAUUGAAGCCAGAGCCGACCAAAGUAAGAAGCUUUUUUGAGGCCAUGCCGGCAGCCAGGCCUGAGACCCGUGGGGAGGUGACUUGGAGUCAGGGGUCAUUCGCUGUUCCUGGUGGCCAAGACCUGUCCCAGACAUAUGACUACAAAGGAGUAAAACAAGAAGGGCCGUUUACCAAACCAGGAGGGACGCACGAGCUAAGGAAUGAACUCAGGGAGGUGAGGGAAGAGCUCAAGGAAAAAAUGGACGAGAUCAAACAGAUCAAGGGCGUAAUGGACAAGGAUUUUGAUAAACUCCAGGAAUUCGUGGAGAUUAUGAAGGAAAUGCAGAGGGAUAUGGAUGAGAAGAUGGAUGUUUUAGUAAAUAUACAGAAGAACAGCAAGCUUCCCCUUAGAAGAGGGCCAAAGGAACAGCAGGAACUCAGGCUGGUAGGAAAAACAGACACAGACCCUCAGCUCCGGCUCAAGAAGGUGGAUGGAGCCGACGGAACACCUCUUUCCCUUCACAAGAAGAUGAUGGCACUACAGAAAACAAAAAAGGACCCUCUGGAUUCCCUCCAUCAAUGCGGGCCUUGCUGCGAAAAAUGUUUGUUGUGUGCCCUAAAGAACAGCUACAAUCAGGGCCCUAUGUGGUGGAGGACAUGCUCCCAACUAGCGCGGCCGCCGACGCCACCAGCAGCUCCGGCUCUCCCUCCCCACGCUCCUCGAGCUGCACAGCCAAGGCUUGUGGCCCUCGGACCUACCAUCCCGCCCCAGGCCUGCCCCCACCCGGAGAUUAAAAUCUUCGUUUAAAGCCAAAGCAGGUAUCACUGUUUUGAAUAUCAGCCCCAAACUUCAGUGUGCAAGAGAGGCACUUUUUUUUUUGUUCUAGAUUCCCACAGUUUGGACUUCAAGUCCUCUUUCUGCUUCCUGCCGAAUCAGUGGGAAAUUCUGUCUUGGCCAUUCUCAGGGUCAACCCCCUUCCUCUCCGCCGCCCCUCCACUCUGCCUGGUUCUGCAAAUGUCUCCCAGGUCAAAAACGGGGGGGGGGGGCAAGGACGACAGCUGCUAUUCUGUGUAGUAGCAGCAAAGAACCCCGUUGCCCUAUGCACCUGCUCCCUCUGUGUUCUUAGCCCCUGCACUGUGUGCAGGGUGCCGAGACCCAAGAGUCUCGGGGGCCUGGGGGACCCCGGGCCCGGGGUCUAGCCUUCACUGCUUCCCUUGAGGUCUUGUCUUGGGGCAGAACUCAGGUCCCCGUUGUUCAUAGGAACCCCCUCCUGGUGGUUUCCUGUCUCCCGACGGAAAAGAGGCAUAUUCCCACAAAGGCCUUAGGCCUUUACAAGAGUGGGGAUGAGCCAGGGACCUCCAACUGCUCCGCUCUGGGUCCUGCCCCAAAUCCCCUAACUUGGCCACUAGCUUGAAAUGACAGCAAAGAAAGAUACAGAGAAAACAGAAUCUCAGUAAACUCUCCUGUCGUGUGUGCGAUUCUUUGGGCUUAGUUUAAUGGAGGAGGAAUCGAAAGGAUUCCAUAUUUUAUUUCGUACCAGCUUUCUCGUUUCAAACCUUUGCUAAGUUGGCUGCUUGGACUUCUAGCCAGUCUAGUGAAUAACUGACCACGCUCUUAACGGCCGCAUAAUAAUGAGCCAUGUAUUGGGGCUUCUGAUAGAAAUUAAACAAACAAAAACUUAAUCAAAACCUAGAUCCUGCCCUCAAGGAGCUUAUAGCUUUAAAGGAGACCUGGUAAACAUGUUUAUUAACAAUACGGACCAUAUACAAAUAAGGACAAUAAUCACAGCAUGUGAUGAAAGGAAAAUGAUUCAGAAAUGGGAAAAAGAAGGGUGGGUAUAGACUGCUUCCCUCCCCUUACUGAUGUAACGUAUUGCCACACAUUGAACGGCUUACGGCAACAGAAGCCGGGUCCCAAAUGGGUCUCAUGGGGCAAAAUCAAGUUGUUCACAGGCUGCAUUCCUUCUGGAGGCUCCAGGGGAGAAUCUGUUGGUCUUUUUGGGCUUCCAGAGGUUGUGUCUGCAUGCCAUGGCUCCUGGCCCCUUCCAUGGUCAAAGCCGGCAAUGGCCAGCGGAGACCCCUCAGUCCGCAUCAGUCGGACCCUGAUUCUCCUCCCACCUCUUCUCUCCCCUGGGAAGGCCGCUGUCAUUACCCUGGGCCCAUGUGGCUAACCCAGCCUGAUGCUUCACGGUCAGCUAACGAGCAGGCGUCCUUCCCCUUGGCCGCUUAAUACAACAGAUUUGCAGGUUCUGGGGAUUAGAACGUGCACAUCUUUGGGGGCAUAAAAAUGUAAUUUUUAUGUAUAUAGACAUCUCUGAUCUUGUCCUAGAACAUUUCCAGCACCUUUUUCCCACCUGUACCUACCCUGCUCCCUGGUUACCACUCUUCUAGUCUCUAUCUCAAUGUAUUGUUUUGCCUGUUUUUGAACUUGUUACGGAUGGAACCAUAUAUGUAUUUUUUAGACUCAUUUUCUUUGCUCAAAAUUACAUCUGUGUAAUUCAUGCAUAUUGUGAGCAUAGCAGUUGUUCAUUAUUUUGUAAUUGCUGUGCAGUUUCCCUCUUGUGAAUACACCAUCAUUUACCCGUUCUCCCACUGGUGGCCCAGGUGAUUCCUUAAACAGGCUAAGUAAAAGCAAUUUUCCCUGCUGCCCUUUGUGCCUUUGCCUGGCCUUUAAACACCUCCCCUGAUCCAUGGUGCCCUGCAGGUCACUUUAAUCCCCUCUUUAUCCCCCAACAAAAAAUAUUUACUUUAUUAGACUGAAAAAAACCUCAAGCCUGGGACUUAAGCCCUAACCUCUCACCCAAGCUCAGCUCUAUCUGUCUGUCCAGGCCCCAGCUGUCAUGUCAAACUCAGUACAGACAAAAUCAGCCUCCCCACCUCUGAACCCAGACCGCUUCUCUGCCCAACUUCCCAAUGGGUCCAUGUCCUUGCUCACUGUCUGGCAGUCGGGCCCCUGGCCUCUUCUCCCAAAGCCCCUUCAGUUAUUGUAGAAUUUCUGAGAGUAUGGGCAAAGUGCUUAUUACUGGCUGGCAAUGGGAUCCUCUUUCCUAUUUACCCUCCUAUCACUUCCUCCAUGAUGUAUCUCUAAUGGCUCUCAGGACCUUUCCUGGAAGAGCUGAGGAGGAGAGAAGAAUGCAGGUUGCUCAAGGGCAGAGACCAUUCAGCAUUCAUCUGUUGCCCACCGUCCCUGCCCCUUGACGGAUGUGUGGGUGUGUGGCUAGCAGUCCCAAUUUUGGACACGGGUACCCCUUAGUCAUUCAAGUUUUACACUUUCUCUCUCUCCCUCCCAUAGGAUAUGAGCUACCAAUUCCCAAGCAAUCUUUAUAACAUUCCCAAUGUCCAUUCCCCAAUCCUCCAACUCCCAUACGUCCUCUAACCCAGGCUCUUAGCAUCUGGAUCCUAAACCACUUAGAGUAGCUUCUGACCCACUUCCCUUGACUCCAGUAGUUUCUUCCAACCUGCAAUUCAUUUUGUGCACACCACUUCCAGAUACUUGGUGCUUACCCACUGCUUUCUACUCCAACACUGUCCCUUGUCCCAGUGCCCACUGCUCAUGGGAUAAUGUCCAAACUCCUCAACAUCCCGUUCAAGGCCUUGCCCUUUGGAUCUGAUCUUAGAUGUCGGAAGUUUUCUCCCCUCUUCCUGUUGGUAAACCUACACUCUAAGGUCGGAGAGAGGAGUUAAUGAAAUUGCUCCAUCCAAGGUCAUGUGAUAAGUGGUAGAGUUGGAAUGUGAACCCGAGCAUUUUGGGUUAGUCUAGCUUUGGAUUUUGUACCCCUGGGGGUUGUUCCCCUGCCCACUACGCUGCGACCCAGGAGCAGUUCAGUAUCCACUGUUGCAACCCUGGAGAGGUGCUGGGAAGAGUCUGGGGCAGAGAGCAAAGCACUUGGCUUCUCUCUUCAGCUACCCCUUGCAGCUCCAGGGGAGAGCCAGAGUUCGUGUAGAUCCGUGAACAUUCAGGCCAGCCUCUGCCCAGGAGCCAGUCCCACUGUGGACGGGGUUGCUUCUCUUUCUUGGAGGAAACCUCUCAGUUCACUUAGGGAGAAGGAGACCUGUGCCUCUCAAACACAUGCGACAGAACCCAUUGACAUCAGAGAUGUAGCUGAGCCAAGGCUAGAAGCUCUCCAGACUUGAAUCUUAGGCCAGGGAGGUUGUUGAAACAAAAACAAAGCUACUUUCAGUUAAAUCAUGAAUGCCAGGGAGGCCACCCUGACGCCAUUUUUUAUCACUAGGAGCCACCUUCAGCUUCACAUUCCCUGCACAGUAGGCCUGAAAUAAAAGCAGAAAUCCUCACUCCUAGCCUUGCCCAAGCACAUUAAAAACCAGAGUGUAUGUACACACUCCUCUGCAAAAGCCGACUCUUGAAAACCCAUCAGCAGAGGGCGCUAGAGCCCCACCAGUCCCUGCCCACUGACCUCUCCAGAAGGAAAAGCUGCAAGGUCGCAGAAAAGGGAAUCAGACAAGGUGGGCUUGUGGGAGGUGGUUAACUAGACCCUGGGUCUCACCCUGGAUUCAUCUUUGUAAUUUUAUGGGAUCCCAAGACGACAGACACCUCUGAUUUGUGCCUGUAGGAAAACCAGUGGUAACCCAUGUAAGGAAUCAGUUCCAAAAGGGCCUCCCCGUAAUCCAGUGUUUGGAACUCACCAGAAGUGACCUACAUCCAUUUCUUUAUUUACUUAGGCAGCACAAGCCAGGCAUCGGGCUAAACCAUGCAUUUCCCACAAUGUGGUGCUGUAACAAUACUUAGAUUUGAGACUAGCCCUCAAAAGCCUUUGAAGUCUUUAGUAUGGAAAAUAGAAUUAGUGGGACUAUUUUCUGUUCCUGGGUAGAGAAAAGGAAGGACAGAGGACAAUGUGGAAGAGUAGAGAACGUGUGGGAAGAGAAGGAGAGAUGAGCAGGAAUAAGGGACCCUGGGGAAGAGGAAGCAAAGUUGGCUUUCAACCCCUGCCUGGUGGUAUAUAAAAUAUUAAACCUUAAAAUUUGUCUCUGGCAUGCUCCCAUUUACCUUUCUAGACCGUGACGUGGGUCUGGACCCUCAUCUCCCCAGAGCCUCAGGGCUGCACGGGGUCACCCAGAACUCUUUCCUGCAGCACACCCCAGCUGGGCCUGCCCAUCGUGGCUGCCAUGCUCCCGAGUUUCUUAUUCUUCACUCCCGUCCUCUUUCCCCGGCCUGCGGCUGUCCUCCUCAGCUCUGUGUUGGUAGGGCAGCAGUUAACUAAGGCACCCCGUGUGACAUCUUCUAAAGAGUCCCCAAAUCCGUCUUUCAUUGCUAAGUUUCCAGACAGUGGGCUGCAGGGUCCUGACAAUUUCGGGCUGUUUAUUCAGGGAUGGUAUUUUGGGAG